AGGAUUAAACCUGAACCUGAAUAACAGGAGAGUUAGAAAUCAUACCCGUAAAUGUGAGAUGUUUUGUUAAUAAUAUUAUUAUUAUUAUUAUUAUUAUUAUUAUUAUUAUUAUUAUUAUUAUUUAAAUAUCAGUAAUAAGACAAAUUUACUAGCCACUUUAUCUGAAAGUCAAUCAUUCAUAAACAAGCAUAAAUAAUUUUUAAUCAACCUGCAAUAUUAAAAUGAAACCCACGAGUGGAAAGUCCAGCUAUAGUGGCUCAAAAUAAAUGAAUAUGAUCGUAUAUAUUUUCCCAACAAGCAGCAUUUUCCCAGUAUUGGGUUUCCACCAGGUUCCUCCAACAAACAUGUAGGUAGGUGGAUUGGUUACUCUAAAUUGCCCCAGGCGUGAAAGAGGUGUGUGUGUGUUCAGGGUAUUUAUUCUGCCUUGUGUUGUGCCCAGUUCCUGGGAUAGGCUCUGGAUCUUGAUCAGUAUAAAGAUGAAUGAAUAAAUGAAUGAAUGAUUCAUAUCUAAUCUAACCUGAUAUGAAUGAAACACCACAGCACUGAUCAUGUUUCUCCAUGUAUACAUUCAAUUGCAAGUUUAUUAGCAGCCAUUUAUUAACGGCCAGAGACCUUCAUGAGUGUCAGACCCCCAUAAAGUGAACUAUAGGCCUGUCUCAAAAUAUUUCCAUUCAUUUAUAUUUUCCUAAAGCUGCCUAAACAGCAAAACGACACCCAACUUCCUUCUCGCACUAAUCUGCUUCAUGAGUCACUCAUCAACGCUUCACCACCUGUAAAAACACGUGUUGUAGACGUGCACACGUACAGGUUUAUACACAGCUGCGUACUUAACAUCUCAACCUAACAUGACAGCAGCGCACACAGGCAAUGGAGGGACCGGUCUGUUUCUGACCAAUCACAAGCCGCGAUUCACUACUUCCGCGUUUCCAAGCCAACCAAUCACAGCGCGGUCCAUCGGCGCCGCAGAGUUUCACAGAAACCGUUCAGUGGGUGAAGAAAAACAAUAGUGGGAACAUUUCGGUGUUUUUUUUUAAUUAAUUUGGAGCAUUUGUUGUGAUGGAAGAGGAGAAGAAGCAGACGUCUGAAACGAUCUCCGAUAAUGCUCUGAUGAUUGUAAAGGAAGUGUAGCGUUUGCGGUUUUAAUGCCUUUGAUGAAUUGCAGCAACAGAACAUAACAUUAGCCAUCAUUAGCUGUUUAUAAUAAACAGUGCAGCUGUUUGUUUUUAAAAACAUUUUAUUAUUUUUUCUCAUCACAAUGAGGUUGUCGUCGGUUUUUUUGAACAUCUCUGCAAAAAUUGAGUAUUACUCCAGAUUUUCACCAUCUCCUCUCUCCAUCAAGCAGUUCCUGGAGUUUGGAAGGGACAAUGCGUGUGAGAAAACCUCGUACAUGUUCCUGAGGAAGGAGCUGCCAGUGCGACUGGCCAACACCAUGAGGGAGGUCAACCUGCUGCCCGACAAACUGCUGGCUCAGCCCUCCGUCCGACUGGUGCAGAAAUGGUACAUGCAGAGCUUUCUGGAGCUGCUGGAUUAUGAAAACAGGAGCUCAGACGACCCGCACGCCCUGAACGACUUCCUGGAGAUCCUUAUCGAGAUCAGGAACAGACACAACGACGUGGUUCCCACCAUGGCCCAGGGCGUGAUCGAGUACAAGGAGAAGUUCGGCUUCGACCCGUUUGCCAGCUCCAACAUUCAGUAUUUCCUGGACCGCUUCUACACCAACCGCAUCUCUUUCCGCAUGCUCAUCAACCAGCACACUCUCCUGUUCGGUAACGACACGAACCCAGCGCACCCCAAACACAUAGGCAGCAUCGAUCCCGCUUGCAACGUCGCCAACGUGGUUAACGAUGCGUACGAGAUGGCUAAGAUGCUGUGCGAGCAAUACUACCCCACCGCCCCGACGCUGAAGAUCAAGGAGUUUAACGCUAAAGCUCCAGACAAGCCCAUCCAGGCCGUAUACGUGCCGUCUCAUCUGUUCCACAUGCUGUUCGAACUCUUCAAGAAUGCAAUGCGAGCCACAGUGGAAAAUUAUGAAGAAAAUAAAGAUGAUCUUCCACCUAUUAAGGCAAAAGUGACCUUGGGGAAGGAGGAUCUCUCUAUAAAGAUCAGUGACCGGGGUGGAGGCGUACCUCUGAGGAAGAUCGACAGGCUGUUUAAUUACACCUACUCCACCGCCCCAUCCCCCAGUUUAAACUCCAAACGGGUUCCACUGGCUGGAUUUGGUCACGGUUUGCCGAUCUCCAGACUCUAUGCUCGAUAUUUUCAGGGAGAUCUGCAGCUCUACUCAAUGGAAGGCGUUGGCACGGAUGCGGUCAUCUACCUGAAGGCACUCUCCAGCGAGUCAUUUGAGCGGCUGCCAGUUUUUAACAAGUCAGCGUGGCGGCACUAUCAGGGAGGCCCGGGGGCAGACGACUGGAGCAACCCGAGCAAAGAGCCGCGGGACGCCUCCAAGUACAAAGCCAAGAGAUAAAUCCACCACCAACAGUUCACCUAUCUGUCUCCUCCCCUCUGCACUCCGAGUGUUCUCUCUGUCUCUCUGUGUGUGUGUGUGUGUGUGUGUGUGUGUGUGUGUGUGUGUGUGUGUGUGUGUGUGUGUGUGUGUGUGUGUGUGUGUGUGUGUGUGUGUGUGUGUGUGUGUGUGUGUGAGAGAGAGAGUGAGAGUACCUCAACACAACCUCUGUGCUUUUCCCCUCUUCUGAAACAUCAGUCACAGUGCCCCCUGGUGGUGAGAGAGGGCAGUGCGAAGAGGCCUUGACCUCCUGUCUGCAGUGCCACACAAUAAUAAUAAUAAUAAUAAUAAUAAUAAUAGUCACCUCUCUCUAGCUGACCUUAAGAACAGAAAGGGAAAGUAGGGAAGUGUUCCACACCACACACAGAGCAUUUCAGUAUCUGACGCUGUGAGAUUUACAGGGUAAAAUAUUAGUCGGAACGAGAAAGCCAUGAGAGAGCAGAGUAUUUAAAGUCUAAAGUACAGGAGUAGAUUCUUCAGAAGUCUGAUUCAGCAGAUAUGCACUGAUCGAUGGUUGUGUGAUCGUUAUACAGAACUCGAUAUCGCAUUAUUCAUUUCAGAAUAAUUUAUUAGGAUGCAACUCCAAGGGACAUGCAAAUAGAGCUGUGACUGCCAUUUAAAAAAACAACAAUAAAGGUUUCAGGGUAUUAAAAAUAAAAAGGAAUAUAGCUUCCUGUGAAUAAUUAUUUAUAAAAUUGUUUACCCAUCUGUAUGAUUCCCCGUUUUUUGUCGUUUUAUGUCACAAACAUCAUCUGAAGUCGAGCGUAAGACAUUUAAAUGAUUCCAAACCACUACCAGCAUGCCAGUAUGAACAAUGCAGCACAUGUGUAAAAGAUUUUAAAACAUGAUGGAAACUGGUUUUUGUUUGUGUGUUUUUAUUAUUUUUUAAAAUUAUUAUUAUUAUUUUUUUUUAUAAAUGUCUUGGAUUACCAGCAUUCCUCAUGACGGUGAAGAGCGAACCCCGGCUGCUAGUGAGCAUUAUGCACAGCUAAUCAUCACGAUAUGUUUCGUUUAUCGGGACCAACCAAUUUUUACGGCUUUUAGGAAACCGUUCCCGUUCAUGACCUGCUAAAGGUUCAUUGAAGUUAUUUAACGUUAACUAGUUAAAAAUGUUAUGUUAUUCCUCUGAUUAGCAGAAGCCAGCAUGUAUGUAGCGAGUCGUUCUUAAUAGACGUGCGUUUAUACCACAACGCCGUUAAAUCCUCCAUUCUGAUUGGUCCAAAAGUGUUGAUUAACUUUCUAACCACAUGGCUCCGACGUAGUGUCGGUUUGUCACCGGUUUAUAUUAACACACUUGUCAUAAUACAUUAUCAUUUCGAUAGCUAUGAAAAAAAAUAUUCUAUAUUCACAUUUACAGAAGGAGGCUCCAGUGCCAGAGACUCUGACAUCUGCAGAGCAGAGGAGUUUACGGUUUUGUCGUAACAAGCUGCGUCAUUGUUGUUUUUUUUGUUGUUGUUGUUUUGUUUUAGUUUAUUGCUGCUUUAAUGUCAGUGAGAACAGGAACUAACGUGUUUUGUGAACAUUACAUGUAACUAAACGGAUAAAAAGUAUAACGUCGUUCAUUAAUACGUAAAAAAAAAACAACUUGCUGGCGAACGCUGUGGUAUAAGAGGAACAAAGCACUUCUAGGAAUAGAAUCAACUAAAGAGUGGUUACAAUAACAACUGAGAAAACAUUCCCACUGGAGAAUCAGAGCGCUGGAUUUCCCAGCAUGCUUUUAGCCAGCGUUAGGCUUCACGUGUUUUCCGAUCGUCACAGUUCCCAGUGUUAAUUGCGUAAAAGCGCUAAACACAGAUCUGAAUAAUCCACCUGAUAUUAUGCCUUUGUGUUCUUGUGGUUUAAAGUGGUUUAUUGUUUCAUUCUACUUCAGACUCUAAUAAAAGCGUCUCAGCUGC